UAAGUGUCGCCAUAUUGGGCCGUUUGUUAUGAUGUGGGCCGAAGCACUUGUCAACAAUUAGGGGUGUUAACGCCAUGGCCGUAGACUUCUGCGACUAUUUUUGGGGGGAAGAACACAAUGGCUGGAAUGUGUUGUAUCAGAAUAUGAAACAGGGCCAAACAGCCAGCAAGGAAUUAGCAGAAUUUUUUAAGGAAAGAUGGUCUAUUGAUGAAACUUACUCCAAGUCUCUUGUUAAACUAGCCAACAAGGCUAGUACAAAUACGGAAAAAGGAACUUAUGCUCCUAUAUUUGUGGUGCUACGCCAGUCAUCUGAGAAAUUAAGCAACAUUCACAGUCACACCGUCCAACGCGUCCAGGACUUAGUUAAGGAAGUAGUCAAGUAUAGUGAUGAUCUUCAUAAAAAACAUAAAGGGGUGAAGGAUGAAGAAAGCCAAACAGAAGAAAUUGUCAAGACUAUACAAACUACAGGUGGCUUGGCACAAAAAGCACGGGAAACCUACAGCCAAAGGUGUCAGGUAAGUAAAGUGUAGCUAUUAAGAUUUCUG